GCUGCAUCGUUUGCGUUCGAGAAAGAGGACCAUACCUUGGGCAAUGCGCUCAGGUACAUCAUCAUGAAGAAUCCUGACGUUGAGUUCUGCGGCUACUCGAUCCCCCAUCCUUCUGAGGCGGUCAUGAACCUCAGAAUUCAGACUUGGGACGGCGUGAGUGUGUGGGACGUUCUACGAAAAGGACUGGACGACUUAUGCGAUAUGUGCGAUGUGGUGGAGGAGAAGUUCGCCGCAUCGAGAGAUCAAUUUAAUGCUGAGCAUCCUGAUCGCGUGAGCUCGAGAUGA